AUGUCAGAAGUCACAAAACCUCAAGAACUUUUGUCUGUAACCAUUGCUCGUCAUUAUGAUAAUGGAGAAAAUAACUUAUCAGCAAGAUAUGCAUCUCGUAUCUUGUACUUGCGUAAUUUUAACAAUUGGGUUAAAUCAACACUUAUUCAAGAAGCAGUGAUAAUGCUUAGAAACAGCAAAAUUCAUGAUGGAAAAAUGCAUGUAUUAGAUUUUGCCUGUGGUAAAGGUGGUGAUUUAAAUAAAUGGAGAAAUUCAAGUUGUAUGGAAUAUCUUAUAGCUAUAGAUAUAUCUCCUGGGGCAAUAUCGAAUUGUCAUUCCAGAUACAAAGAGAUGAAAGCAAGAAACCGAUACUUAUUUGAUGCUCAAUUUAUUGUUGCUGACUGUACUAGAGUAAAAAUAAAUACAUUGUUUAAAGACUCAUGUAUGAAAUUACAUUUAGUAAGUUGUCAAUUUGCAUUUCACUACUGCUUUGAAAGUAUACAACAAGCUGAAUGUAUGCUAAAAAAUGUAUCAGAAAAUCUGGUGAGUGGUGGAAUAUUUAUAGGUACUAUACCUAAUGCCAAUGAAAUAGUGAGACGUCAAAAAGAAUGUGGUAAAAAACAAUUUGGGAACAGUAUCUAUAAUAUUGAGUUUUUGUGUGACAUUGAUAAACCAUUUCCGAUAUUUGGUGCAAAAUAUAAUUUUCAUUUAGAAGGAGUUGUCGACUGUCCAGAGUUCCUAGUUUAUUUUCCCGCUUUGGAAAAGUUAGCAAAAAGUUAUGGAUUAGAACUAAAAAUGAAAAUGACAUUUGCAGAUUAUUUUGAAAAACAUUCAAAUUUGGAUGUGAAUUUCUUAAAUCGUAUAACAGCAUUGGAGGUAUAUCCUCCCCGGAAAGGAAUUGAACUCAUGGGAACAGAAGAUGAUUAUGAUAAAGCCAAACAGUUUUUAAAUGAAACUAAAGUGGAUAGUGUUGGAACACUAUCAAAAUCUGAAUGGGAAGUUGCAACUCUUUAUAUGGUGUUUAUGUUCCAAAAAAUAUAAUCAAGUUAAUUGAAGAUCUAAUUUUAAUUGAAUACAAAUUAAAAUACAUGCUUUACAAUA